AUGGAGGGCGUUUCCUACCAGAGGUUCCCGAAGAUCAGAAUCCGUACAGUAAGGGACGACUUCAUGAAGUUCGAGCUGCGCGACACUGACGCCAGUAUCGCCAAUGCACUCCGCCGCGUCAUGAUCUCCGAGGUCCCCACAAUCGCCAUCGAUUUGGUUGAGAUCGAGGUGAACUCCUCGGUCCUCAACGACGAGUUCAUCGCCCACCGCCUGGGGCUGAUUCCCCUCACCAGCGAGCGCGCAAUGGCCAUGCGCUUCUCGCGCGACUGUGACGCCUGCGACGGAGACGGCCAGUGCGAGUACUGCUCCGUCGAGUUCCAUCUGCGCGCCAAGUGCAUCAACGACCAGACGCUCGAUGUUACCUCCAAGGACCUUUACAGUUCCGACCACACUGUUGUUCCAGUUGAUUUCUCCGACUCGUCCGGGGUUGAUAACGCAGAGAAUAGGGGUAUCAUCAUUGUGAAGCUACGCCGUGGUCAGGAGCUGAACUUACGAGCCAUAGCUCGGAAAGGAAUUGGCAAAGAUCAUGCAAAAUGGUCGCCUGCUGCGACUGUUUAUGUUCAUGAUGCCGAGGCAUAUACAUAUGACGAUGAGGUGCUGAAGAAAGCUGAUGCCAUGGGAAAACCGGGUCUGGUUGAAAUCCAUGCCAAGGAAGAUAGCUUCAUUUUCACAGUCGAGACAACUGGUGCGAUCAAGGCAUCUCAAUUGUUGAUCAAUGCCAUAGAGGUCUUGAAGCAGAAAUUGGAUGCAGUUCGUUUGUCGGCCGACACUGUUGAAGCUGAUGAGCAGUUUGGGGAGUUGGGGGCUCAUAUGCGUGGCGGGUGA